AUGGAGAGGGAGAUGUCCAAGAGUAACGCCGCCUCGUCCACGCCCAACGUUAAGGGCUCUGAUUGGCUGAUCUUGAGGCCGGCGAGUGCCCCCAAACAGCAGACGACUAGCGAGUUGAUCACCCCAAUGUCAGCCAGGGAGCAUGCUGUUUCCAAGAUACCAGUUAUCACCCCCAAAGCCAAUAAGGUGGUUUCAAGAGCGUCGAACGAGUGGGCUGGCCACGGAAUCAGGUUCAAUGAGUUUGUUAACGACACAUCGUUGACCCCCGUUAACGUCUUUGGCAGAGCCGCUACUGCUGGGUCUACUACGACGGCGGCCACCGUGGGGACGAAACUAAAUUCCAACGAGCUGAGAGAAGACGACUCUGUUUCGUGUAUUACCAACUCGUCAACUUCGACGCCUUGCAACCCCAAAAAACGCAAACUAGAGGCGGAGCCGCUGCCAUUCUUCUCGUACAAGAGACCAGAGUAUGGAUUACAAGAGAGCUCGAUGUCGAAAAAAAUGCGCGACCCCGAGAUGGCAGCAUGGAUCAAUGAAUCGCUAGAAACGAUCCAGGAUUACGAGAAAAUCGUGGAAAAGGUGAUUUGUCUGAGAAACAAGUUUAACAAACUGCUCUCGCCAGAGACCGAACCUUAA